UACGUUAUUUCACGAAAAAUAAUCACUCUUUUCUUUAAUUUUCGUAAAACUUCUCUUUACACCUGUAGCUAACCAAAAAAAAUAUUGUUUCAAAAUAGUAAUUUUAUAAAUACUUAAAUGGAUAUUCAUCAUCGACCCAAUCAUGUUCGUCAAUUAUUUUCUGGGCGUUUUUUAUGCUCUAUUUGUAAAAAAUUUCCCGCUCCUAACUUUUUCGUGAUUGGUUGUCGUGAUAAUAACCAUGUUUAAUCUUUUUUUCUUUUCAAAAUAUGGUUGUUCUUUAAAAUUAAACGUUACGGGGGACAGGCGUUAUUCAUUUGACCUAGAGCAAGGUAGUAUGGAGAUAACAGAUUCCAAUUCACUUCAGCUAAUACAGAACUUUAAAAAAAAAUGGAAGAAAAGACAAAGGUGGAGAUUAUAAUGUACGAAAAGUAGAAGAAAAGUUUAAAGAAAAAAUAAAAUAAAAAUAAAAAAUAAAUUUAUCAAAAUUAUUUUCGUUGUUUUUUUUUACUCUAAUAUAGCGCGAGUUUUAGUGAAAAUUUUAGUGAAAAUUAUUAACGCGAUCUCAAAUUGACAUUUUUAAGGUAAUUUAUUUUCUCUUCUUUUUUACGCGACUCCCUCAAAUAAUUAUUUUUUUCCAACACGUUAAAUUAGAGUAAUUACGGUAUUUUCUUGCGUACCUUGAGAGAAGAAAUUGUUGCGCGACAUAAAGUUGACGGGAUUGACGGAAUUUAAAUUGACGAAAAACAAACAAAAAAAAUAUUUGUUGGAAUUUAAUUUUUUGUCUUGUCUGCUAAAUCCGCCGAUCUUUCUCACCCCCCCCCCCCCAAUUUAUUUCCUAAAUAACGUCCCAUUCUAUGGACAGUUACUAUAUCGCUGAGUUACAAUAACCGUCUCAAAAUCCAUUAAGCUUACCAAAAAAUAUUUUUAGUAAAAUCCCAAGAAUUAAUUUCAAGAUGGUAUCUUACGUGAAGUUUAGCCAAUCACGGAAAGCACGGGCCUAUAUCAUUAGGGCCGUGUUUGGUUUCCUCAUACUUCUCUUGAUAGCAGGUGUGUCGGUGCUAGUUCUUCUUUACGGCACAAAGAAAAAUGAGAACACUGAGAAGAAGGUGGCACCGGAUCACCACUGCAACAACACACUAUGUGAAGUGAGAUGGCACUUCCUAUCAGCUCUUGAUAAAUCUGUAAAUCCAUGUGAUGACUUCUACCAAUACGCAUGUGGUGGAUGGUUGUCAAAAAAUCCAAUCCCAAAUGGAAAAUCAGAAAUUUCAACCAUUUCACAACUUCAAGAAAGACUCUUCAAAAUCGAGAAAUCGAUUUUAGAGAACAAGGAAAAUGCAACAUUAGACAGCGAGGCAAAGAAAAAUAUGUUUCGAUUAUUUGAGAGUUGCAUGGAUGUAAAAGGAAAAAAUAAAUUGGGCACAACACCAAUGGCAAACCUAAUAAAAAAGUUGGGUGGCUUUAAAAAAGUUACGUUUGACGUCUCUGAUGCAUCAAGAACAAACGCGUUAAUGCAAAAGGUUUUUAAAGAAGCAAGCGUUUCUCCAUUGUUCGAGUUUACUGUUGGUCCUGAUCUAAAACAUUCGACCAAUAACAUUAUAAAAUUUGGACAUCCAGGAAGUGCAUUUUUUGAAAAAGAGGAUUUCGAAAACAAGCGAUAUGGAUUUCAAAACAUGUAUGAACGCUUUAUGCUACAACUGGUAUCGGCAUUUUCUGACGGAUUGACUGUCUGGGACAGCAAUAGCAUCGCUUCUGAUCUUUUCGAUUUUGAAAGAAGUCUUAACAAGAUACUAAUAUCCAGCAAAACAUCAAAUUCAUACAAUGUAUACCCAGUUUACAAUCUUCAAAUAUCCUGGAUGAACAUUUUUUUUAGUGACUUCUUAAAAUCUGCUUUUAAUGACGUUGAUAAGAAGAUUAAAUUAGAUGAGAAAGUUCUUAUAACAAAUAAAAAUUACUUCGAUCAAUUAGACUUCUUAUUGUCGACCACUUCCUACAACACAAUCCAUAAUUAUAUGCUGAUAAAAGUUGUGAUGCAUUACUUGGAUGCUUUACCCGAUACCAUUGUCCAGUUGUUUACCAAGCUGAUAGCAUCGAUUAGAGGUCCUGAAACCCCUCCCCCUCAAUGGCAAACAUGCAUAUCAGUGACAGAUAAGCAUCUUGGAUUAGCACUUGGAGCUGCGUUCGUUAAGAAAGCAUUUUCUGAGAAAAGUCACAUAGAGGCGAACAAAAUGGUUGGUGAUCUACGAAAAGCCUUUAAAGAGAUUCUACCAUCACUUACCUGGCUUGACAGUACAACAAGAGAAGCUGCUAGUGAGAAAAUUGACGCAAUUGUUCAACAAAUCGGUUAUCCUCCGUAUAUUUUGAAUCCUAAAAAAUUAGAUGAAAAAUACACUGGGAUGAUGGUUAAUGGUUCUAGUUAUUUCGACAAUAUUUUAUACUUGAAUCGAUAUGAAGCCAUGAGAACGUUAAAAAAGCUUGGAGAAAAAGUUGAUCAAAAUACCUGGCUUCAAACUCCAGCAACCAUCAAUGCAUACUACAGCCCACAGAGUAACCAUAUAGCAUUUCCUGCUGCUAUUCUUCAACCACCAUAUUUUGAGACAGACUACCCGAAAGCAGUAAAUUAUGGUUGCAUAGGGUCUGUUAUUGGACAUGAGAUGACGCAUGGCUUUGAUAAUAAAGGACGCUUAUUUGAUAAGUAUGGUAACCUUCGUGAUAAAGACAAUUCAUGGUGGACGUUGUCUUCUAUUUUAAAUUUUGUCGACAGAAGUAAAUGUUUCAUUAAUCAAUAUUCUGCUGUAGAAGUAGCAGGUGAUUAUAUAAAUGGACAAAAAACACUUGGAGAGAAUAUUGCUGAUAAUGGAGGUAUCACAAUCGCUUAUAGAGCUUUUAAGGAUUGGGAGAAAGAAAAUGGGAAACAACCAUUGCUACAAGGAGUUGCAGAAUCCAAUGACCAAUUGUUUUUUCUUUCAUUUGCACAGUUUUUCUGCUCAGCUAAAACAGAUAAAGCACUUCAAAGCCAACUUAAAACUGAUGUGCACAGUCCAAACAUGGAAAGAGUGCGUGAAACAAUACAGAACACAGCAGAAUUUGCGAAAGCAUUUAAUUGUCCACUUGGUAGUAGGAUGAAUCCCUUCAGAAAGUGCAAACUGUGGUAAUUACAGAUAUUGCAAGCUGUUGUGAUCAUGUUGCAACAAAGCAUGAUCUGGAAACGAAAGAAAAUUACGCACACAGGUAUAUGACAUGAUGCAAAACUUGUUGAACAUAAAAGAAAGGCUAGCCAAUCAUUUUAAAGGUUUUCUUAACCCAUAAAUCAUGUUUGGAAAACAUUAUUUUUUACCUUACACUAGCUACACUAUUUUACGGAUAUAAAUACGCCCAAAAUUUCGUGGAUGGGGGGGGGGGGGUAUUCGUUGUGUACAGUAGUUUUAAAAUACACAUAUAUGCGGCAUUGAAGCUAAUAGCAUUAGCAUUCUAUCCCGCAAUACUUAGUGUUAAUCCCAAAGAAGCUAAACAAUCUCCCGACAAACAAAAAAUCUUACCACAUCGAAGUGAAAAUCUGAAGUCGGUUUUUAGUUAUUUUGUAUAUAUAUUUUUAAUUUUAAUUUUUGAUUAUUACGUGUGUGGUUUUGUUAGAAAUAGUUCAUUGCUCAAAAUUUGUGCGUGUUUUUAUUUGAUUUUUUAUUAAACUUUUUUGUUACAAUUGUACACGUAUUUUUUAUAAGUAACAGUAGAAAAAUCUUUAAAAAUUUAAGUAACUUAUAGUAUAAGCAAGUAUUAAUACAAAAUGUGAUUUAUUCUUUGAAGCUAAUGCGGUCAAACAACAAUACAUUAGCGGGCUUAAGUUCAUUUUAAAGUUGUUUAGCUCAUUUUUGUAUUCCAAGAUGAUGGUUGAUACGUUUAAUAGAAUAGCUUCCUUUUUUUUCAAAGUUUGAACUCAAUAAUUAUUGGGUCUGUAAUUUGACAUCAAAUAGUUUUUCGCAAUAGCAACGCAAAGUUGAAAGAUUUUUAUAAGAAAUACGUGUAUUGUAGGCCUGAUAGAAACUAUUAAUUAUACGUUUAUAUCUUUUUUCUUUCUCAAUUCGUCAUGCGCUGCAAAUUUAUUUCACAUUUAACUCCGAAGAAACAAGUAUUAUUACCCACAUAAAAUACAGAGACAACAAAAUUAAAUGCAAAAUAAUUCCAAAUUAUACUAAGAAUUUGCAUUUUUUAGACUGUCUAACAAUGUCUUUGUCUGUCUAACCUGUGAGUUUUUAUCUAUUUCUUUCGUCCGUAGGGGAAGAUUGGGUCCAUGUCACUUUUGCUUUCAGUCCUCUUAAUGACUUUCAAGCCUUAACCUUUUUUGUUAGUAUGCUGUUUUGGUGCGUUCAUUUUUUUGAGCCGACAACGAUUGUCAUCAAUCUUCCUUUAUUUUAAUUUUCUCUCCAAAUUAAAAUAAUAUUUGUUAUAAUAUUCAUGUUUACACUUUUUCUUAUAAAAAUAAGCUUUAUAAGAAUAUCAGGCUGGGAUUUUAGGUUGAAAACAAAAGGUCUAUUGUUUAGAACUAUGAAUAAUGAAUAAUGACCCCCCUGGUUGGAAUUUUGAUAUUCUUAUACAAAAAAUUGCUUUGCGUUUAUCAUAUCCGCAUAAGAACAUAUAUUUUGCUUACAAUAAUAUGUAAAAAGUUACACAUUUUUAUACACUUCUAGAACAUUUAUAAAAGAUAAUUUUAGAUAUUAGAAA